AUGGCGCUGCGGACCUUCGUACGCGCGUCGCCCGCCGGUGGCUAUCCGGUGUCGUCGCGGCUGUGCGCCACUCGCGGGCUUUGCGCUGCGGUAUCUCACCGACGAGGAGGAGGACGCAGCUGUAAAACAGGCGCGAGUCAACCGAAGGAUGCGCGGACGGCGCAGCCGUUGCGCCCUUCUGAGCCUCUGGAGAACAAAACGCGAUACGUCACGAACACCUUCUCCUGCGCAGCAGCGGAAGACGAAUCUGACUUCUCCUCCAGUUUGGAUUCGCGGUCCUUUUAUCCACGAGCUUGGCUGGGAGGGCCUCAAACGGAGCCCGUCCGAGUGAUUCCCACGGCUGCUGCUCCUCGUGCUCCCUCUGCGUCUGUCCAUUCUUCUGUCUCUGCUUCAAUCUUGAGUCUUGUAGAUAACCCAUCACUGACCGAGGCGCCGGACCUUUCCCACACUGCCCUUCCGUUGAGAUACCCGACUCCAUGGCGCACUCACCAGCCUCCUCAUGCCGCGCAGCAUGGUACUUCUGCAGGGGAACAGCCUUCGCCGAACGACGCUACCUCGAGAGUAGACGCCUACGAAGAAAUCCCCACAACAGACUCGGGUGUCUCUUCACAGGCAAUGUCCACGUUUCCGACGGCUGCUUCCGAUGGACCCAGCGGGAGGCCGCCUUCCGCGGACACCGCUGGACAGGGACUUGCCGCAGCUUCCGCGAAUGCGUUGAAAGGACGAGGGGUAUAUUCUGCGUCUGAGGACAGGACGUGCGCUGCAGGGAAGCAGCCGGAAGGACGCUUCGCGUCUUUGGCGGCAGAGGAACUCUCUGACGAAUACAGGGAAGAGGAACACUUUCCUGUCACAGCCGUCAGUCAGACUGAGAGUUUGCAGGUGCGGCGGGACGGCGCACCUCUGUAUGCGGAGCUGUACGCACAGCGGCUGGCUGUGACGCCGCUGACGAGCUCUGAAGAAAACGCUGUUCUUAAAGCGUGGACAGAGCUAUUCGAAGAGAAAGCUCUUUGCGCGCAUCUUCAGAAGGUUUGGGGAAUUCCCCUGUUCUUCCUCCGGCAUCCGGCGCUUCAGCGCGAAGCGCUUUCGUACCUCAAGACAGAGCUCGAGAGCCUCGCUUCACGAGACCCCAAUUCGGAGCCGUCUGCUGGAGACCGGAGGAACGACAACGAGUUCACGCUGGACACAGGAGCUGCAGAGACAGCCGCGCGCGAGCCGGAGACAGCCCGCCCUCCCCUUCGCAGGCAGCAGUCGUUCUACUUUGAACAUGAGGAUGCAAUCCCUGGUUUACACGCGGCCAACGCUCGGAGGGGCGGGCGCCCGCCGAUGAUGAUCGCUGCGGAAGACUGUCUGACGGAUUCUUGCAGCGGCGAAGAUGAGCCACACAGCCUUCGUGAUCGCCAGCUCCGCUUUCUUCUUCAGCAACUCCGUCUCGUAGCGUCCGGCGGAGUGCCUGCGCUCGAAACAACUCCCAGGACCACAGUGGCCGAGCGGUGUGGCACCCCCAACACUCAGCGGCCUUCCGACGGUCACACGCUCUCGGACCGGCCGGGGGUGUGCGGAGAAACGUACAAACUGGUGCGUGCGAAGGGAAGGAAAAAGCGAACCCGAUUCUUUUAG